AUGGGAAGUUCAUCAUCAAAAUUCAAAAAAUAUUUGCAUCACGGAGAUGAAUUUGCAGCUAUGCAAGUAUUUCAAAGUUCUCCAGAACUUCAAAAAAAUUUAAACCCAAAUUUGAGCUAUGGAGAGCAUUAUAAUCAUGAUACUGCCCUUCAUUUUGCUGCUAAACAUGGAAUGAAACAUUUAUUAAGGACUUUUUUAAAUGAUUUAGGAGGAAAUCCUAAUGUUAAAAAUGGAAAUAAUGAAACAAGUUUACAUUCUGCUUGCCAACUUACUGAUAACAAGAGUUUUUCAGCAAUGGAAAGAAGAGCUCACUGUGUGAGCCUUAUAAUUCAGUGGAGAGGUUUAUUGAGGGAUCCCAGUGGGAAAGAAAAAAUUAAUCUAGCAGCUCAAGAUCAGAAAGGAAAUACAGCUUUGCACAUAGCAGCAGCCUCUGGUUUAGAAAGUUGUGUUACAGUUCUUGUAAAUGCUGGUAGCCCGUUAUUUUUAGAAAAUAACGAUAAAAUGACUCCCUGUGACUUAGCUGUUAAAAAUGGACAACACACCAUUGCUCAACUCUUGGAGACAAAUAUGGUUUUUGGUGAUUGCUUAGAUUUUCAAUGUGAAAAUGAAUCUUAUAGCAAUCCUUAUGAAGUAGAAGAGCUUUAUUGUGGAUUACGAACUCAGGAUCUUCAAGAAGCUAAAGAUCAAUUGCUAGUUCAAACUUCGGAUAUGUUGCAGGUGCCAUUAUUUACGGCAGAAGCUUUGUUAAGAAACAAUGAAUGGUCUCGAGAAAUGCUAUUAGAAAAAUGGAUGAAAGACGCCGUUUCCUGCUGUAAUUCAGCUGGUGUUGAACCUCCACAAUCAGCAUUCAAUGCAACUGCCACUUAUAAAGAUUCCAGUUUAUUGAAAAAUCAAGACUCUUGUAAUAAUGAGUGUGAAAUAUGUAUGCUGUCGAUAACAGAAGACGAUAAACCUUCAAUAAAGAUUUCAUGUAACCAUAAUUUCUGUUUUCAAUGCUGGGAAAUGUAUUUAUCGAAUAAAAUUUUAGAAGGAAUACAACACAACAUAUUGUGUCCUGCUUUUAAUUGUCACAUUUUAGUACCAAAUGACGUUAUUGAACGCCUCGUGAGUCCUGACCUCGCUAGACGUUAUCUACACUUUGACAUCAAGUUUUUGUUGGAAUGUUUGGGAGAAGCUCAUGCACCAAGUGGAUGUACUCAAUGGAAGCAAUGGUUGGAAAAGGUGAAUAAAAUAAGGCCUGAACAAUUAAGUAAUGACAUGAAAAAUUUAGAAGAUGCUUCUAACUGUUUAUGGUUGGUUUCUAAUUCAAAACCUUGUCCCAAUUGCAAAAGUCCAAUUCAGAAAAAUGAAGGAUGCAAUCAUAUAAAAUGUUCUAAGUGUAAAUUCGACUUUUGUUGGGUUUGCUUAGAAGCUUGGAAAAAGCAUUCGUCAGCUACCGGUGGUUAUUUUCGAUGUAAUCGCUUUCCGGCUGCAAUAAAAGCAGACGAAAAACAAGAAGUUUUAAUUAAUGAAGCAGUUGCUAAAAGUCAACGGAUUCAAGAGUUAAAUAGAUUCUUGCAUUAUUAUACGAGAUUUAAAAAUCAUGAACACAGUAGAAAAAUAGAAGAAUCUUUAUUAAAUGCCGUCAAACCCAAAAUGGAAGUCCUCGCGUCUUCUUUAGUUGAUCGAAAAAGUUUAGGAAAAACGUGUACGAAAUUUGUAGAAGAUGGCGUUCGUGAAUUAUUAAAAGCUCGUAGAGUUUUAUCUGGAUCCUACGUUUACGGUUUUUAUUUGGAAGAUCACGGUUAUAACAAAACCAUUUAUGAAUUCAUGCAGAAUGAGCUGGAAGUAGUUACGGAAAAAUUAUCAGAAAUGAUAGCUCGACCGUAUUUAAUAACUCCCCGUCAUACAAUUAUUUUCACAACUUUACUCUCAAGAAGAAAAAGACACGAAUUCGUUCAAGCCGUUUCUAAAGGUUUGAUCCCGCCGGAAACGCCUCCUUCCUUCAGGAAAAAGAAAAAAAAAUUACCCGGAUUUUUUGUUUUGGAUACAAAUAACGAAGUAUGA